AUGAACACACAAUACCCGGAGGUGGACUGUCUCAGUGGCAAGUCAUCCACCCCCGUUAACAGAGAAAAAGGACUGAUAGAUGGGUUUCUUUGGGGGUACGUGAAAGGUUCUCCGAGCACUGAUGAGAGGGCGACGAGGCCGUUAGUGGUUUUCCACGAGAAGAAAGUAACAAAAGAUCAAUCACGGGGCAAAAAAAAUUCCAACCUCAUCAAAUCCUCCUGUUCCACUACAUUAUACCCAGACAUAUGCUACUCCACCCUCUCCACCACCAAAACCCUCGCAACUAAAAAGGAUAUAAUCGAACAUACAAUCAAUCAAACAAAGGAGAUCAUCCAUGCCAAUUUCCACGCCAUAAACAAGCUCACGACCUCCGCCAAUGUCACCAAACGUGGCAAAAUCGCUAUCCAUGACUGCUUACAGUUGGCAGCUGGAACGCUAGAAGCACUCGACAAGGUGAUCGGAGACCUCAGAGAGUAUCCAACGAAGAAAUCUCUUCGGAGACAUGCCGACGACCUCAAAACAUUCAUGAGCACCACCAUCACCAACAAGGAGACUUGCUUAGAUGGCUUCUCCCAUGAUGCAGAAUACAUGACGAAUACGGAUAUGUUGAAUUCGAAGGAGGCAAAGUUGGAUGUGCUACAAGAGGUGUCGAUGUGGCCGGAGUGGUUGUCUGCAGGAGACAGGAAACUGAUGCAGUCGGGAGACGUGACGCCAGACGUGACUGUGGCGGCGGAUGGUAGUGGAGAUUACACGUCGGUAGCGGCAGCGGUGGCUGCGGCUCCAUCUAAAAGUACAAGCAGGUAUGUGAUAAAGAUAGCGGCAGGAGUGUAUAGGGAAAAUGUUGAAGUUCCAAGCAGCAAAACCAAUUUAAUGUUUAUCGGGGACGGAAGAAGUAACACGAUUAUUACGGCAAGCCUGAGCGUCGCCGGCGGAAGCACCACCUUCGACUCUGCCACCGUAGCUGCGGUAGGUGAUGGAUUCUUGGCACGAGAUAUAACAUUUCAAAAUGCAGCCGGGCCAUCGGGAAAUCAAGCAGUAGCACUACGUGUUGGAGCCGAUUUAUCUGCAUUCUAUAGAUGUGGUAUACUAGCCUACCAAGAUACCCUUUACGUCCACUCCAAUCGUCAAUUCUUCGUUGACUGCAUGGUCGUCGGCACCGUUGAUUUCAUCUUUGGCAACUCCGCCGUCGUCCUCCAAAACUGUAACAUCCAACCCCGCCGCCCCAAUCCCAAACAAAAGAACAUGAUCACCGCUCAAGGUCGAACCGACCCAAACCAAAACACCGGCAUCGUCAUUCAAAAGUGCACCAUCGUCGCCAAUUCCGACCUGCAACCGGUUCAAUCCAGUUUUCCGACGUAUCUUGGAAGGCCAUGGAAGGAGUAUUCAAGAACAGUAGUGAUGCAGUCGUCGAUAAGUGACGUCAUUGACCCUGCUGGAUGGUACCCUUGGGAUGGGGAUUUUGCUCUAGAUACGUUGUAUUAUCGGGAGUAUGAAAACACAGGGCCUGGGGCAGAUACGUCUAACAGGGUAACAUGGAAAGGGUGGGGUGUGAUUACGGAUGUUGCGGAGGCUGAAAGUUUUACUGCUGGAAGCUUCAUUGCAGGUGGAAGUUGGUUGCCAUCCACUGGUUUCCCAUACUCUCUUGGUUUGUAAAUUGUAAUGCAUGCAUCGCCUUGUAAUGAUCCUUAUUAUAAUAAUUAUGGAGUCGGUGCUCCCGUGUGGUGUAGUAUGUAUUAGUUUUCGGAAUAAUUUUAUAAUAUUCUAUAAGAUAUUGAUUAGUUUGUUUUUACAUAAACUUAGGAUUGAUUGCUAACACAAUUCGUCUACAUGAGAAAUUGAGAAUGAUCAAGAGCACAAUAUGAUAAUAUCACUGAUAGAAAACAAGGGGAAAAACUGCAUAGGUAAAUUUGUGACAGUUUUCGGACGGAAGUAUUGUGACAGAUUCUUGUGACG